GCCAGUUCUGUGAGGGGCCGGUAGUACGCUAACCUGACAGCCAAAUAAUGCUUACUUAUCUCUGCAAACUAAUUUAAAGCACUCAAAACGAUGUCGGAAGACGACUUAAAAGUACCGGAAGAGCUUUUCAAGGACGUGAAGUUCUACGUGGUGGGAGACAUUGAUCAAAAGGUUGUGCAACUCCUGAAAGCGGGAAAAGGCAAAGAGGUAUCUUACAAUGCAUUUGCCACCCACAUUAUAGCAGAAGAUGGGGAUAAUCCUGAGGUCGGAGAGUCCACAGAGGUCUUUAACUUGCCUGUUGUGAAGCCAAGUUGGGUGAUACUGUCUGUAAAAUGUGGAGACCUGCUACCAGUUACAGGAUUUUCUCCAGAAUCUGGACAAUUGUUCUUUGGUGUCACAGCUUGUCUGUCACAUCUUUCAGAUGAUCUUAACACUCUUUGGGCCUUUAUUACAUUCUAUGGAGGUGACUGUCAGCUUCAUUUCAACAAGAAAUGCACGCAUCUGGUUGUACCUGAACCAAAAGGGGCGAAGUAUGAGUGUGCUUUGCGGCAUAGCAACAUUAAGAUUGUAACCCCCGAAUGGAUUGUGGACUCUGUAAAACACAAAACCAGGAAGGAUGAGACUUUAUAUCAUCCACGACUUACAUUAUACGAGACACCUGAGGAAGAGGGUAGCGAAUAUGGAAGUUCUGAUGGGAGCUACAGCGAUAGACGUUCACCUCGCAGUCGGCGGUCCAGCCCUACAUCAUCCCGUGAUGCUUCCCCAGCAGGAAGGCGUAGCCGUUCACCUUCGUCAAAACAGCGGAAAUCAGAGUUGAUGUUUGACGACUCCGAUGACUCGUCCCCAGAGAAGGAAGACCGAAAUCUGAACUGGACCCCAGCUGAAGUGCCACAGCCAGGUCCCGGCAAGCGUAGACUACAGCCUGGCAAGGAAACGGGUUUGAUCAAUCUCUGUGCCAAUGUUCCACCUGUACCUGGAGGCUUUGGGACACCAGAUGCUCGAAUAGGCGGCACAGGUGUGCCUCUUGGGGUAGAGAGAUCGGAGGUGAUGGGUGGAUGGAAUCCAGCUGCAAGGACUCUUAGGAAUAUUACUAACAACACAGACACACAACAGGCCUCACGACCCUCAAAUGUGGCACAUAUCCUUCAGAGUCUCUCAGCCUCCUCUAAAGGUGUGGAGCACCUUGGAGUUCAAGGCCAGCCCGGUGUUCCCAACCAGCUUCUGUUUAAUUCAGUAAAGACUCAGCCGCAGCUACCAGCUGAAGCACAGCAGCAAUUAUUACAGCAACAGUCGCAUCAGCUACCACAACAACAACAACAACAACAACAACAACAACAACAGCAGCAGCAGCAUCCACAACAGAUGGCGCAUCAACAUGCUAUGAUGCAUCUUCAGCCGCAGGUCAUGCAGAUGCACCACCAUCAGCAGCAGCAACCACAACAACAACAACAACAGCAGCCACAGCAAGGCUUCCCUCAGGUGCCUCCGCAAUCUCACCAGUUCAUGCAGCAGCAGCAACAGAUGCAUCAGCAGAUGUAUGCACAGCAGCAACAGCACACAUUCCCACAGCAACAAAUGCGACCGCAGCAGCUCCCUAGGCCACCCUUGCAGCCUCAACAGCAGCAUGCCUUGCAGCAGCAUUUACAACAGCAGCAAAGACUUCAGUUGCAGUUACAACAGCACCAACAACUACAGCAACAACAACAACAACUACAACAACAACAGCAGCAGCAGCAAAACCAGCAGCACAUGCACCAGCAGCAUUUGCAGCAGCAGCAUUUCCUGCAACAGCAGCUUCAACAACAGCAGCAGCAGCAACAGCAGCAGCAGCACAUUCAACAGCUGCAGCAGCAACAACAACAGAUGCAGAACCAACACGGUCCUCAGCAUCAGACCCAGAACACACUACAACCUCCACAGAUGCCUGCACAAGCACAUCAACUGUUUGGGCAUGAACCAGGGCAAGAGAUCCCUGAAGAUGGGUUCCUGGCCGGCUGUGUCUUUGCAGUUGCUGACUAUCCAGAGCAGAUGGCAGAUAAACAGUUGCUGGCCACAUGGAAGAGAAUCAUUCAGACAUAUGGAGGGACUGUGGACUCCACUCUCAGUCGCUGCACUCAUUUACUUUGUGAGAGUCAAGUCAGCAAUACGUAUGUCCAGGCUCUGAGAGAGGGAAAGCGAUGUGUGACGGCUCACUGGCUUAACACUGUUCUCAAAAAGAAGAAAAUGGUUCCCCCUCACAGGACCCUUCAUCUUCCCUUUAACUUCCCUCCGGGUGCCAAGCCCUGCUCACAGCAUAUUAUUUCCGUGACUGGAUUCGUGGAAAGUGAUCGUGAUGACCUGAAGCUCAUGGCCUACCUAACAGGAGCCCGAUACACAGGCUAUCUGUGUCGAAGCAACACUGUACUCAUCUGUAAAGAACCGAGUGGGUUGAAAUAUGAAAAGGCAAAGGAAUGGAGGAUCCCAUGUGUAAACGCCCAAUGGCUGUGUGACAUUUUACUGGGAAACUUCGAAUCUCUGCGGCAAAUCCAGCACAGCAGAUACUCUCAGUUCAAUUUGCCUGAACCACUGGCACCCAACCCACUUUACGUGCACAAUCUUCUGAGUGCUUGGCGCGUUCCUGUGAAGAUCUCGCCGGAGGCGUUGGCGAGCUUACGUCUGCAGCAGAAACAGAAACAGACGGAUGCUAGCCUGCAGCCGCCUAACAAGAAACCCAAACUUGAAGAGUUGCCAACACCCACCAAAAAGCUUCCGCCUGAGUCUACACCCUAUGUGAUUUUCACAGGCUUUGAACCGCUGCAGGCCCAGCAGUACAUAAAGAAAUUGUAUGAUCUUGGAGGGGAAGUGGCUGACAGCACUCAAAAGUGCACUCAUCUGGUUGCGAACAAAGUGACAAGAACGGUGAAGUUCCUCACUGCCGUAUCUGUGGUUAAGCACAUAGUCACUCCCGACUGGCUGGACGAAAGCUGGAAAAGCCAGAAAUUCGUAGAUGAGCAGAGCUAUACGCUGAGGGAUGCCGAGGCAGAGGUGCUGUUCUGCUUUAGUUUGGAGGAGUCGCUAAAGAGAGCUCAUGCAGCACCACUCUUCAAGGGGAAGUAUUUCUACAUAACCCCAGGAAUCUGUCCGAGCCUCAGCACAAUGAAAGUUAUAGUGGAGAGCGCCGGAGGGAAAGUGCUCUCAAAGCAGCCUUCCUACCGCAAGAUCAUGGAGCACAAACAAAACAAGAAUUUGCCAGAGAUCAUUCUGAUAUCCUGUGACAAUGACCUGCAUUUGUGUCGCGAGUACUUCUUGAAGAACAUUGAUGUUCACAAUGCUGAGCUGAUAUUGACAGGGGUGUUGACUCAGAGUUUGGACUACGAAUCAUAUCCUUUUAAAAUGCACACAGGGUUUAACAAGUGAAAAACAGGCAUUCUUGAACAUUUGUUCGGUUUUGCGCUGUGCUCUGAUCUUUAUAGACAUUUAGAUCUUGUUGAUUGUUAAUAAUGUUUUCUGCACAAAUAAACUGCUGUAAUCAGCUGCCAGUAAAUCUGUAGUGCCACAUGCAGUUAUAUUUCACCUGAGCUGUGAGCCUGCUGUCUCGAUUGCUAGAUAAAUGUGCAGUCUAAAUGUUUUUAUAAUGCAAAACACGAAAAAAAAACGAAAAACAAAAA